CUCUUCUUUAUGCAACUAUUUUUGGAAACGUCACCACCAUUUUCCAGCAAAUGUAUGCCAACACCAACCGAUACCAUGAGAUGCUGAACAAUGUGAGGGAUUUCCUAAAAUUAUAUCAAGUCCCAAAAGGCCUUAGUGAAAGAGUCAUGGAUUAUAUUGUCUCAACCUGGUCCAUGUCUAAAGGAAUUGACACGGAGAAGGUUCUCUCAAUUUGCCCAAAGGACAUGAGAGCAGAUAUUUGUGUGCACCUAAACCGGAAAGUUUUUAACGAGCACCCUGCCUUCCGACUGGCCAGUGACGGCUGGCCAAAAAGUUUCAGACGAUCCAUUGCGCCCCGGGGGACCUCAUCUAUCAUGCUGGGGAAAUCUCAGACGAUCCAUUGCGCCCCGGGGGACCUCAUCUAUCAUGCUGGGGAAAGCGUCGAUGCUCUUUGCUUUGUGGUCUCAGGAUCACUAGAAGUCAUCCAGGACGACGAGGUGGUGGCUAUUUUAGGUAAAGGUGAUGUCUUUGGUGAUAUCUUCUGGAAGGAAACCAGUCUGGCCCACGCAUGUGCCAAUGUUCGGGCUCUGACAUACUGCGAUUUACAUAUUAUUAAACGAGAAGCCUUGCUUAAAGUGUUGGACUUUUAUACUGCUUUUGCAAACUCGUUCUCAAGGAAUCUCACGCUCACCUGCAAUCUGAGGAAACGG